AGCUGUUCAUUUCACAAACCGAAAAAAAAAAUUCAACACCCUUAACAAAGCUUUAGCCAUCAGCUUUAGGCCUCAAAGAAAAGAACAAAAAAAAGAAAAAAAAAAAAAAGGAAAGAAGAAGAAUAAUAUGGGCAUAUUGAGAGAAGGCCUCAAUUGCUUCCCUGGAGGAAUAUGGAGCGGCGGCGCGGCGGCCGGGAUGGCAAAACCGUGCGAGUAUUGCCAUCUGGCCGCCGCGUUGGUGUUUUGCAGGAAAGACAACAUAUUCGUUUGCCUGUCCUGCGACACGCGCCUGCAUGCCAGCCACGAGCGUGUGUGGAUGUGCGAGGUCUGCGAGCAGGCGGCAGCCAGCGUCACGUGCAGAGCUGACGCGGCCGCCCUCUGCGUCACUUGCGACCGCGACAUCCACUCCGCCAACCCCUUGGCACAGCGCCACGAGCGCAUCCCGGUCGUCCCGUUCUACGACCCCGUCGAGUCCAUCGUAAAGUCAACCGCCGCCACUCUCCUCUUCUCAACCAACGGUUCGAACGAUAUCAACACGACCACGACUGCGACCACGGGCAUAAUAGCCCCUACUUGUAUUGGACAUCAUGAGAAAGAUUACAACACUGAUCCAUGGAUUCCACCAAACACAAUAACUUCUAAACUUCCAUUGAAUACAGAAAUCAAAUCAAUGGAUUUCUUAUUUCCAGAAUCAGAAAGUUUUCUUGAUUUUGAUUAUUCUGCAUCUAUAGACACACAAUCACAACUUCAAUACAAUUCAGCAAAUGACAGUGUUGUACCAGUACAAACUACAACAAAGCCAAUACCAUUUCAUCAUCAAGAAAACCAUUUUGAGAUUGAUUUCACUCAAUCACACAUCAAAUCUUACAACACCCCAUCACUCAGUCACAGUGUGUCAUCAUCAUCUUUAGAUGUUGGAAUUGUACCAGAUGGAAGUUCAAUUUCAGAAAUAUCACAUCCAUUUAUCAAAAAUGUUAACAACAAUCUUGAUUUAGCAAAUUCUGCUAAUCAAGGUGAAAAAUUAAUUGGUUUAGAUAGAGAAGCAAGAGUAUUAAGGUACAGAGAAAAGAAAAAAAAUCGAAAAUUUGAGAAAACAAUUCGAUAUGCUUCAAGAAAAGCUUAUGCAGAAAAAAGGCCAAGAAUUAAAGGUCGUUUUGCUAAGAGAAUGGAUAGCACUGGUGGUGUUGACAAGAUUUUUUCAGGCAAUGAUUUUAAUGUUGUGCCUGAUUCGCGAUACGGUGUUGUUCCUUCGUUUUUAACGCAUUAGUAAUAAUUAAAGUACAACAACAACGUACUAAUGUGUAAUGUCAUAAGUGAUGUCUGACGAGGAUAAAAUGUAUGCAGAACUUAUCCUUAAUUUACUUUACUGGGAUAGAGAGACAAUUUAAGAUGGAUCCUCGGCUCAACAACGCAGUACCAAAGACAGUUAUUUCUUUUUUUUAGUAUAGUAUAAGAUGUAUUUCCAAUUACCCGAAUGUUUAAUGGGUUUUUGGUUUUUUAACUUUUUCUCUAUGCACUUAUGGAAGGUUAUUUUGAUAACUAAGUUAAUAGUCAAAGUAUUAGUUUUUUAUUUUCUUA